AUGAAGAUCGGCCUAUUAUCCAGCGCGGCAUUAACACCUGGGAACAUAGUUGGUACUCUUGUUCUCGGUGUUGCAAGCUAUAUUCUGUACGAAGUCGUACGAUUUCUGCUUCACGUACGCUACGCAAGUAAUACAUACCGUGAUUUGCCUGGACCUGAAGGCUCGCACUGGCUGUACGGCCAUCUACAACAGCUUCCAAAGACAAGCCAUGAGAGACUUGAGUAUGGCUUGAAAAUCACCAGACAGUUCCCACGAUACUUUCGGUUCUGGAUGGGUCCCAGAGCCAAUAUUCUUUUGAACCAUCCAGAAACCAUCAAGAUGAUCCUCAAAACAGCAGAGCCCAAGCCAAUAGGAUUUGGAGGGUUCUAUAGACAUGCCCUACCCUGGCUUGGUCCCGGAUUGCUCAUUGCAGGGGGUAAGCAGUGGGCCCGUUCUCGUCGUCUACUUACACCAGCCUUCCAUUUUGAUGUCCUACGACCAUAUAUGGACAUCUACAAUGAGGCAGCAGAGGAACUCCUGAACAACAUUGGAGUGUGUGCGGGGAAGGGUGAGAGUUUUGAGACAUUUGGUGUAGUGAGUGCCUGUAGCCUGGACAUCAUACUGAGGUGUGCCUUCUCCUACCGUACCAACUGUCAGAACCUCAGAGAAAGACACCCCUAUGUGACAGCUGUGAAGGAGUUAACUGAGACCUGGGUAGAGAGGUGUAG